AUGCCUUCUCAAGGACAAAGCUGGUGGGCUCGCCACUGCACUCCUCGCCCUCCCAUCAACCCCGUCGUCGUCUGCACCUGCCACUACUGCUACAACAAGCCCGCCUGCGAGCUCGACUACCCCAAAUCGGCCGACUGCUCUCAAGCCGGUACUCCUGUCCCGUCACGACCAGUCAGCCCCAGGAGCUCGGUUUCGUCUUCCCACGUUGAGCGCAAGCAGUAA